ACAAACAGAUGGACAACGAAGAUAUUGUGAUUCAGGAUACCAUCAAACGAAUAAUAAGGCUUAAGGAACGGGUUGAUAAACUCGAGAAAAGAGUGCAAGAGAAACAUGCAUUAAAAUUGGAACCUGCUUCCUCAUCAUGUUCGGACAAUCAAAGUUCUAAUAACAAGGAACACGUAUCCCUUGUGCUCCGGAAAAUCAAGGCGAGGGCAGAGGAUGACCAUGUGUUGAUCUCAAUUCAAUGCUUGAAGAUGAAUGGUUCAACCGCUAAGAUUGCGAGUGAAAUAGAGAGGCUUGGUCUUUCUACUCUUACUUUGAGUGUGGUGCCAUUUGGGGAGUCCAUCUUGAACCUAACAUUUUUUACUCAGAUGGAAGAUGGAUUCAACAUGACAAUGACAGAUUUGGUAACAAACCUACAAGAAGCACUUUGAUAGUUCAUCAAAGCCAUUCCACAAAUAAUUCUCAGUUCUUAAUAACUAUUUGUUAAUUAUGUUUAUUUAUGUUAUGAGUAACCUUAAGAAGAAGAAACUGUGUUUUAUGUAUGUAAUAAUGCUUGAAAUUUGUGUUUAUAUUGAUUUUUGAGCUUUGUGUAUGUGAGUGUAC